AUGGUGGAAGCACUGUCACUCGCUGCAUCAGGGAGCUGGUCUGGUAACGAUGGAAGCUGGUCGACUUUCCUUGUCCAGGCGGGAACGCCACCGCAAACAUUCAAUGUGCUGCCAGCAACUCAGGCGCAGAACAUUUUGCUUCCUGUCGCCGAUGAGUGUGUUAAGCUGCAAGGCGGUUCGGCUUCGUGCGGCAGCUCUCGCGGUGUGGCUCCGUUCCAACAAAGUCCAAGCCCUGGGUUUCAAACGAACAUGUCGUCGACCUGGGAAGCCAUCGGUCUUUAUGAACUUGGAAUGGGAAGAAUCCAUGGAAUCACUGGAAAUGGCCUCCAUGGUUUUGAUGAUAUCAAGCUGGAUAACUUCAUAAUGGCACAUCUAGCGGUUACUGCAUAUGCCUCGCCUGGUUUCUGGAUCGGUCAGAUGGGGCUAUCGCCGUUGCCACUGAACUUUUCAGAAACAAUCAACUCGCCAUCGUUUUUCUCAGCUCUCAAAAACGAUGGUCAUAUACCCAGUCUGACGUACGGAUAUCAGGCUGGCGCCCCGUAUCGCAAGACGAAGAUAGCCGCCAGCCUCGUUCUUGGAGGCUAUGAUCUUGCACGUGCAUCAGAGCCCUUGACAAUUGACAUCAACACCGACAUGUCCAGAGCUCUUACAGUCGGUCUCCAGGAUAUCAUAGUUACCGACUCUUUGAACGGAACACUUUCGCUGGUUGACAAUGAGCGAAUCCUUGCUCCGAUCGAUUCGUCCAUCCCAGAGAUAUGGCUUCCGAAGUCUGUUUGCGAUCGUUUUGAGUCCGUAUUCGGUCUGGAGUAUCAUGAGAGGUCGGGAAGAUAUGUCCUCACGGAUUCGGCGAGGGAUCGUCUCCGGGGACUCAAUCCCACAUUGACGUUCACUAUUGGUACCAACGCCGUCACGGGUGGCAACACUACUUUGAUCCAACUCCCAUAUGCGGCUUUCGAUCUGCAGGCAGGGUAUCCAAUUUUUGCGAAUGCGACGAACUAUUUUCCGAUUCGAAGAGCUGAUAAUGAGAGCCAAUAUGCCAUUGGCAGAGCGUUCCUACAAGAAGCUUACAUCGGCGUUGACUUCGAGGCUGGCAUAUUUAACGUCAGCGCGGCGAAAUGGGACGAUCUGGAAGCUGAUAUUGUGACUAUUCCAGCUGCUGACCGUGAUUCCGGGGAAGCCCAUGGGCAGGGCAUCUCGGGUGGUGCGAUAGCUGGGAUCGUCGUCGGAUGCGUAGCAGCGAUCGUGCUCUGCAUUCUGUGCACAUGGUAUUUUGUAUGGAAACCUAGGCGAAUGCGGAAGCAAAGCACAGUGCCAGUAGAAGAGAAGGGAGCUCACGACGCGCUAGAUCCGGCCCCGGAGCUGAUAGGUGCGACCUUUCACGAAUUGCCAGCCAAACACGGCGAUAGCGAACUAGAGGAGAUCGUGACGAUACCAGAGCUGGGUAGAGAGGAGCAUGUUCAUGAGUUGCACCCAGAUUGCGUUCGAUGA